AUGGCACAAGAGGAAACUUUCGAACAGUUUGAAGAUGAGGAGAGUGAAAUUCCUAUCGGGGGCACUUUAACUAGUGGAAAAAAAAGACUUUUCUCAAAAGAACUUCGUUGUAUGAUGUACGGUUUUGGUGAUGAUCAAAAUCCAUAUACAGAAAGUGUUGAUUUACUUGAGGAUCUUGUAAUAGAAUAUAUCACAGAAAUGACUCAUCGUGCUAUGGAAAUAGGGAGAACUGGAAGAGUUCAGGUAGAGGAUAUUGUGUUUUUAGUAAGAAAAGAUCCUCGAAAAUAUGCUAGAGUAAAGGAUCUCCUAACUAUGAAUGAAGAAUUGAAGAAAGCAAGAAAAGCUUUUGAUGAAGUUAAAUAUGCAGAAUAAUUAUUUGCAAGACAUCAUGUUACAUAAUGCAUGUGAGCAUGGAACCUGAGCUUUAAGUAAAAGGCCAAAUCA